AUGCGUUUCUCGUCCAUGGUGGCCGUCGCCCUCUUGGCGCUUGGCGAGACUGGGCUCUGUGAUCGCCAAGAAGGGCAGUCAAAGUUGUUCUCUGGUAGCGUCGCCGGCCGCGCCGCGGUCCUCGUAAGACAGGAAGUCGAGAAGCCCACCGUUGAAAAGAGACAAAUCAGCUUCGAAAACGGAGGCAUCAGCAUCGGUGGCGCUGGAGGCCUUCAACUCGGCGGCAAGGGCAAAGGGAAAGGCAACGGCAACGGCCAGGCCGCGGCAGGUCAACCCGGCACCAAUGUCGCCGGCAACCGGACCGCCAACAACAACGCCGGCCUGACCAUCGGCGGCAUCAAUCUCGGAGGCGGCAACGUCGGGACCACUGGGGGCAAGGGCAACAACGGAGGAACCGGGAACGGCGCAUUGGACGCGUUCCUGAACGCGGCCAACGGCAAGAAGAAGAACAACGGCACUGCUAAUGCUGGCGAGGGAGCCGCUGCGCCGGGUAAGGCUGCUGGCGGUGAGGGACAGAAGGCUGGUGCAGGUGCUGCUGCCGGUGCUGCCAAGGCUGAGCAGGGACUCGGAGCGAACCCUGGUGAGGCCGCAAAGGCCAAUGAAGCUGCGAAGGAAGCUCAGCAAAAGGGUGCUGGCGCCGGGCUCGGAGAGGCUAAGCCGGCUGGCGAGGCUCCGCCUGCGAAUGCUGCCGAGGGAGCCAAACCUGCCGAAGGAGCCGCACCUGCUGAGGGCGCGAAACCUUCGGAGGGAGCAAAGCCUGCCGAAGGAGCUGCUGAGGGACAGCCCAAGGCAGUGAAGGAAUCCGAGCAGUUCAAGGACAAUGCCGGCAUCACUCUCGGUACUGAUGGCCAAGCUCAGAACAUUGGGGGGAAUCUUGGUAUUACGAAGGGUAGCGACGGCAGCACAUCUGUCGGCGGCAAGUCUGGUAUCAACAUCAGCCCUGGUGGUGCUCAAAGACAAGGCAAGGGCAAGGGUAACGGCCAGCAGCAAGCUACGCCGCCGCCUGCCGAGGGACAACCGGCUGCCCAGCCUCCAGUUGCUGCUCCGGAGGCUCAGCCUGCGACGCCUGCCGCCCCGCCUGCUGCUCCCGCUGCUGAAGCGUGA